UUGACCAGUGAAACAAUUUGACGAAGUAAUAGUGAGGGUGGUGGUACAGUGGUUAGUUCUAUUGCUUCACAGCAAGAGGGUUCAGGGUUCAGGGUUCAAGACUGGGUCUGGGUCCUUCUGUGUGCAGUCUGCAUUAGGUUAACUGGCUACUGUGCCUGAGAAAGAUAAAAAAAACAAAACAAAACAAAAAAAAAGUGGAAAAGGGUGACCCUUCAAAAGUUCUCCUUUUCCAAAGGAAAUUGGAGAGUUAGGAGUAUAGUCACUUAAGUUUCUACAGGUGUGAGAUAAAUCUUAAUGCCAAAGAAAUUUAUAAAGAAAAAGAAAUGUAAAGUAGAAAAAUCAUGAAAAUCAUUUUUGGUACAAUGUAGAUAAUUUCAUACCACUGUUCUUGCACUCCUUGCACAAAUACAAUCUCUACCCAUCAAUCAGUUCUUCAAAUUAAGAAGGGUGAGCCACAGCACUUAAGAUUUCAUAAUAUGCACUUAAGAUUCCACACAUACCUGUGUGUAUGUGUGUGUCCACAGAGUGAGGUCUUUCCUGAACCAAUGUUCACCUGGACCAAGGUUGGCGGGUUUCUGCUGGAUGGCAGUGAGGAGCAUAUUGGAAGGGAACUUGUCCUGGAGAGAGUUCCUGCUGAGCUUAAUGGCUCUAUGUUCCGCUGUACGGCCCAGAAUCCUCUUGGUUCCACAGACACCCACACCCGCCUCAUUGUGUUUGACAACCCAAGACUAAAGACAGGAAAAGACCAUUUUAUUGCCACUGACAGAGCGGCCAUUAAGCACUCCCUCACGUUUACCCCCAUGUUGCUGGUACUGCUGAGCUUCGUCUGUGAGAUGACGUGAUCCAAGGUUUUUGCUGCUCCUCCACACACCACCACCAACGUAGAUGUUGCCAGGCACCUGCUCUUUAACCUGGCAGUAGCUAAACCUCCAGCCAGCUGUUAUAAGUAACACUGCACUGGAACAUGACACAUACUGAUCCAGCAUCAGGCACAGCCUUGGACAACUUUGCUGUUUAGUCUACUCUAAGGAUUAUGAGUAUGUCAGAAGCUUGAGCUUUAUCUACUGAGAGAAAUCUUGGAUGU